AUGAUUGCUCCUAUUAACUCAAAACGUGAAGUUUAUAAUGGAUAUUAUUACAUCCGGGAGCACAAUAAGAUUCGAGGAAAGGUGGGUGUUAGUCCAGUAACUUGGAACAAUACCUUACAAAAAUACGCAGCCGAGCGCGUCAUAUCGCUAAACACGCACUCGCUAAAGUACGUGCCCUUGGCUGGACCUUAUGGCGAGAACUUCGCCAAAGGUGAGCCUCCCGUGAUGCAGUGGGAAAAUGAGCAGGCAAAUUACGACUACAUCACCAACAAGUGUAAGAAAAACACUGUGUGCAACAAUUACACUCAGUUGGUGUGGAACAAAUCCACUGACAUUGGUUGUGAGAGAAGUGGUUUAGGUAAUGAUAUGAUUGCUAUUUGUUACUAUUAUCCCUCAGGAAAUAAACCAGGAGAACGGCCUUAUGCUACACCCAAAUAUGGCUUAUCCAAUAAUUUUUAA